AUGUCUACUUCAACAUCAUUACAAGAUAUCAAUUCACAUCGUACACGAAAAUUUACUUGGAAUAAUAAUAAUAAUAAUAAUAAUAAUAACAAUAAUAAUAAUAAUAACAAUAAUAAUAAUAAAGAUCAACAAUUAGUUAAUUAUUACGAAUUAUUGUCAUCAAACAGUAGUCGACAAUUAAACUCAUCUCACAGUGAUGAACGUAUCUUUGAACAUCCUGAAGUAACUAUAAAAUCAUCAGCACUUGAUGAUGAAAUUCAACGACGUUUAUUAACAAUAAAAACUUCGAAUACAAAUGAAAAUAUCGUUGAAAGUGAAGGUGGAAAAAGUGUACCAAAUAUGCUUGAACAUCCGGAUAUGCGUUCGCCUGUUGUCAUGCAACCACAACAAAUGUCUUCAUCAUUUUCAUCAUCACCUUUACUAAUUCAAAAUAAUUAUAAACAAAUUAAUCGAACACAAUCAGCUGACAUUUCUACAAAUGAAGCUCGAACAUCAUCGCCUAAUGUCCAUGUCGAUGUUUUUGUUGAUGAUCAGCAAGAUUUAAGCCGAUCUAAUUCACCCGAUUCACUUUUUGUCGAUACUAUUGAUAUUUUAGAACAAGAAAAAAAUCAAGAUCCUCCUUCAAUAUCACCAUCGACAGCAACGAAUUGUCUUCAUGAAUAUUCUGAGUCAAGCUCAAUAUCGGAUAUUAAUACAAUGGAAACGGAAAAAAAGGAUUGUUGGUGA